CUAUAUAUAUAUCAACAAAAACGCACGCCGGUCUAUGUUGUAGUCCACAAAGUACACUUCUUCUCAAAAUCUUCAAACUAAGCUUUUUCUCUCUUUUUUUUUUUUUUUAUUAUUCAACAAAAAUGUCGUUACCGACUUGUUCGCCGGAGCAACUGGCUCAGUACUUGGGCCCGAACGCAACGAACGCCGUCGCCGCCGGAAAAUUCAUAUGCGACCAAUUCGCCGCCGUGAACAACAAAUUCACCGACACGGCGUUCGCGGUGGACAACACCUACCUCCUCUUCUCAGCCUACCUCGUCUUCUCCAUGCAGCUCGGCUUCGCCAUGCUCUGCGCCGGUUCCGUCCGCGCAAAGAACACCAUGAACAUCAUGCUCACAAACGUCCUCGACGCCGCCGCCGGCGGCCUCUUCUACUACCUCUUCGGAUUCGCCUUCGCCUUCGGAACACCGUCCAACGGCUUCAUCGGAAAACACUUCUUCGGCCUCAAAAACGUCCCGUCGGUAACCGUCGACUACAGCUACUUCCUCUACCAAUGGGCGUUCGCAAUCGCCGCCGCCGGAAUCACCAGCGGAUCCAUCGCCGAGAGAACACAGUUCGUCGCUUACCUCAUCUACUCAUCCUUCCUCACCGGAUUCGUCUAUCCGGUGGUGUCUCACUGGUUCUGGUCCGGCGACGGUUGGGCCAGCGCGACGAACACCGGAAACCUCCUCUUCAGCUCCGGCGUAAUCGAUUUCGCCGGCUCCGGCGUCGUUCACAUGGUCGGCGGCGUGGCCGGGCUUUGGGGAGCCCUAAUCGAAGGUCCUAGAAUCGGAAGAUUCGAUCAUAACGGUAAAGCCAUCGCGCUUCGUGGCCAUAGCGCUUCUUUGGUUGUGCUUGGAACCUUCAUGCUUUGGUUCGGUUGGUACGGUUUUAACCCCGGUUCGUUCACCAAGAUUCUAAACGCUUAUGAUUCUGGUAACUACUACGGUCAAUGGAGUGCAGUGGGUAGGACAGCUGUCACAACCACAUUGGCUGGCUCCACCGCAGCGCUAACAACCCUCUUUGGGAAAAGGGUACUUUCCGGUCAUUGGAACGUAACUGACGUCUGUAACGGUUUGUUAGGCGGUUUCGCCGCAAUAACCGCCGGGUGUUCAGUUGUUGAGCCAUGGGCCGCCAUCGUGUGUGGGUUUGUUGCGGCGGUUGUUUUGAUUGGGUGUAACAAGUUAGCGGAGAAGGUUAAGUUUGACGAUCCGUUAGAGGCGGCGCAGUUGCACGGAGGGUGCGGCGCGUGGGGUGUGAUUUUCACGGGUUUGUUUGCUAAAGAGGAGUUUGUGAAUCAGGUUUACCCGGGUAAACCGGGUCGGCCUUAUGGGUUGUUUAUGGGUGGUGGGGGGAAGUUGUUGGCGGCGCAUGUGAUUCAGAUUUUGGUUAUCACGGGUUGGGUUAGUGCUACCAUGGGUCCUUUGUUUUUUGUUUUGAAUAAAUUGAAGCUGCUUCGGAUCUCCACUGAGGAUGAGCUUGCGGGUAUGGAUCUGACCCGACAUGGUGGGUUUGCUUAUGAUUAUGAGGAUGAGUCGCAUAAGAAUGGGAUUCAGUUGAGGAAGAUUGAACCUAACUCUUCUUCCACUCCCACCGAAUGAUGAUAAUUUUAAUUUUUUGUAUUUUUCUUCAUACCCUUUUUUUUAAAGGAUUUUAUUAAUGGUAGUGAAAAUAUUUUUGAGUUUUUACAUUUAUGUGGGUCAUGUGAAAAUGUGUUACUAAGAAGGAAGCAUUGUAAGAGUUACAUGUGAUUUUGGGGUGGUGUUGGCUAUUAUUGUUUUUGCUUUUUUUGUUUGUUUGUUUGUAUUUGAGGGUUAGUAGCUGCAGCAUGUGAUGUGAGGUUACUAUAGUUGCGAAAGUAAUUGUAUCUUAUCUUUUCUCUCUGAAAAAGUUGAGGCCAAACAAUGCAAUUUUUGUU